AUGGCUGCCACUGGUCGUUACAUCGAAAAUAAUACUGAUGAGUUUACUAAUUUUUCAGGUGUCUUGCCAAUCGGUCAUGCACAACCGGGUUAUCGAUGCUUACUCGUGAAUGAAGACGAGGAACGAAUCAUUCCACCGUCGUGUCCAGACGACAUUGGUGAAAUACAUCUUGCAGGUCCUGGACUUUUUCAAUGUUAUUACAACAAUCCUAGGCUAACCAGUAGAACACGAGUGAUAAUUGACAAUAAACAAUUCUUCAAGACAGGAGAUUUAGGUCGAUAUAAUGCAACCGGAGAAAUUCUAUAUGUUGGACGAAUAAAUUUUCAAAUUGAAAUUAAUGGUCAGCGUAUAGAAACAGCCGACAUUGAAACGACAAUUGUAAAUUGGUCACCGAGUGAAAUUUCCGAUUGUCUCAUCGUCAAGUUUUCCCAAGGCGAUAAAGAUUCAAUUGUUGCUUAUAUCAUCUCGCAUAGCACGCAGCUUGAUACUGAAUCACUUCGAGAUCAUUGCAAAGAUCGUCUGCGUCAGUACAUGAUUCCAUCUUACUUUAUAGUACUGGACAAAUUUCCACUGAAUGCAAACGGGAAUGUAGAUAGAAAACAACUGUCAUUGCUACCACCAUUUAGUAACGACGAUCUCUUACCGUCAAUUAUUCCAGUUCAUAAGACAAUCUUUGAAGAUGCUGUCGCUGAACAGAAAAUACCUAUGAACACCGCCAGUGUCUUUUGGCUCGAGACUCUUAAAGACUAUGAUACCAGUCGGCCACUGCAGUUACCAUUCGAUCACCGCCGUGUCACUGAUGAACAUCUAACGAGACGUAACACAUCAGCAUAUUUCGAUUUUGGGGAAGCUUUAUCACAGGCUGUCAUUGGUAUCCUUUCCAUCAAUAUGGCGGGUGCUGCCUAUUGUCCCUUGUCGCCUCGAGAUCCCAAACAACGUUUACAUGCACUUGUCGAAGAAACUCGAAGUCGUCUUGUACUUGUUCACUCGCUAACGCAAGAUAUGUUUAGCAACGAUUAUGCUAGACUCAAUAUCGAUACAAUAAUCAGCAUCCAGGACGUGAUUAAUGAUACUGACCUUGAUCAACUCUCAGAAGUCACCAUGACACCGGAGAAUAUUGCCUAUAUCAUCUUCACUAGUGGAUCAACGGGCACGCCGAAAGCGGUUAGUCUUUAA